UGGCGGGGACGACGUCAGGCGGGCUCCGAGGGCGGGGGGAGUAAGAAACGCUGCCUUUGCUUUUUGAUUUCUACCGAGGGCGUGGCUCCGCAGCCGGCACUCUUCUGAAUGACGUUCGUUGCGGGUCUCGAGGUUUUUGGUUUGCGGGAUUAGAGACGACGAGAAGGAGGGGUUGGAAUAAGUAGCGGAAGCUGGCUCCAGGGGGACUUGUAGCCUCGGGCGAUCACGCUUGCGUUGUCCCGUCGUUGUUGUUGUGUGUUUGUUUCUGUGGCAGUAAGGAGGAGCAUUAUCGAGUUUGAUUAGUGCGGGUUUCGGAGAGGGUUACAAGCGAUGGAGUAAUGAUGGACAGGGAACUUGAGUUUGAGAGUGAAUUGCUUGAGUGGAUCGGUUGAUAGCGGAGGGAUUUGGCGUCAGGGAAGUUGUCAGACAUGGUGAUGGCGGGGGGUCCGCAGCGAGGAGGCGGGGGGAGAAGGUCGGGAGGCACAGCUGGGAAGGCCGUUGCGUUGAUAGAGCUGAAGCAGCGGAUUCUGUCGAUGCUUCACAAGCUCUCGGACCGGGAUACUCAGCAGCUGGCAGUGGAGGAGCUGGAGCGCAUCGCGCAGAAUUUGUCGCCGGAGGAGAUCUCGCUGUAUCUGACGUGUUUGUACGACACAGACGCGCAGCAGAAGAGCGUGGUGAAACGGGAGUGUAUGAGGUUGGUAGGGACGCUCGCCACUCUGCAUGGAGAUUUACUGUCUCCUCACCUGCCGAAGAUGGUGGCUAACAUAGUUAAGAGGCUGAAAGACCCAGACUCCAAUAUCCGUGAUGCUUGUGUUGAAAGUAUGGGCGUUUUGGCCUCUCAAAUUGGUGGAGCCGGUCCUGGCGCUGCCACUACAGUGUUUGUCAAACCGUUGCUGGAAGCGCUGGGAGAGCAGAACAAGACUUUGCAGAUCGGAGCUGCUAUGUGUCUGGCACGCGUCGUAGAAUGUGUAAAGGACCCGCAUCCUCCCACUCUACAGCGCCUCUGUCCACGAAUGGUGAAAAUGUUGGCCAGCCCUAACUUUCUGGCGAAGUCGUCUCUUCUGAGCGUUGUGGGAGUCAUGGUCCAGGUUCCUGGAGUGGUUUCCACGUCUCAACUACCCGUUCUGCUUGGCGCUGUUCAAGAAGAGCUUGAUAACAAUGAGUGGGCAGUGCGGAAAGCUGCGUCUGAGGUCCUAUCCUGCAUGGCUACAUCAGUGGGUAACACCCUGGUAUCUUACAGGGAAGGUGUUCUUACUGCCUUGAUGAACAGUCGUUUCGAUAAGGUGAAGCCUGUUCGUGACAGUGUCACUGAAGCAUUGCUGCUUUGGAAGGCUAUCUACGACCCAAAUGCUGCACAAAGUACUUCACCGAAGGGAAGUCAUGGUUCACUCUCUCCAACACGUCGCCCCGAAGGAGAUUCGACACCUACUAUGACAGAUCGUAAAAAUAGUUUGCUAGGAAAGUCUGGGGAGUCAGUAACUUCUUCAUUCUCUGAUUCGAGCGGGAGACCCAAGUCUAUGCCUGAUAAACGUGCAGGUCUGUUGAAGAAAAGAGCCCCUGCUCUAAGCGACAAAAAGCCUAAUCCUGAUUUCUUCCGAAAGCUGGAAGGAGUUAGGGAUUCAAUGGAUUGGCAAAUUGAAGUUGCAGUUCCACGCGAUCCACCACAGGAGGAUAAUCCAAAAGCAGUGGCGACAAGUAGUCAACAUCUGGUUUAUUGCGGAAACCGCUCAGAAACAAAACAAGGAUCUGUUUCUUUGGGUAGUGCAUAUGCUUCAGGUGGAAUGUUGACUCCUGAUGAGAGCAAUGGUACGGAUCUUCAUUACAACCAGGAAGAAGGUGGAUUACUGAAACAGUCAGCAGGAAACAGGAUAAUCACAAGUAACUGUUACCAAGAUCCGAAUAGCAAGAUGCUUCAGGAAAGGUUGGAGAAAUCUGAGAGGUGGGGAGACUCACAAAUCAAUGAGCAUCAGAACCAUGGCUAUAAUUCAUCAUGGGAUGGCAAUGACUCGACAAUAACUGGGAUCGACAAGGGAACUGCAGACAUGGGAUCUGUUCACCGUCAUUUGACUAGCUUGGAACGCCAGCAACUUUCCAUGAUGGAGAUGCUGCAGGAUUCCAUGGUGCGAGUGCAUGAGAGCAUGCAAGAUUUAGAGGGGCGAGUUUCUAGGUUGGAGCAGAUUGUGGAGGAUCUGGCUCACAGUUCCAGCAACACAGAUGGGAGAUCACCUGUUGGAGAGUUGCCCACGUUUCAAGAUGGUCAUCCACUUGGCAAAUACCUUUCUGGUAAUGGCUUUCUCAACUUCAAGUCUGGAAAAACGCCUGAGGACACUUCAGCACCCUUAAGUGCUAGGAGUCGGGAUUCCAUGGAGAAGACCGAGUCAAUAUCUGGAGAAUCAGAUGAAUUUGCCUUCGGCUCUGGCCAACAGAUGCCAGCGGCAGAAGCUUUAAGGCGGUCUCAGGUGAUGGGGCCACGACCAUUGCAGAAGGGUAAUAAAGCAGAUCGAGAGAUUGACCAAGAUGUGAUUGGAACCAGGAGAGCUUGCGAUCCAAGUCCAGAUGUGCUUCCUCAAGGGGAAGGCCCAUCUGCACGAAGCGUUUGGCAGGCAUCAAAAGAUGAAGCUAUAGCAGCCAUUCGUGGUGCUGCCAUACCAAGUAAGCCUCGUGAUUCCCAUCGGCAUCAAUCCAAUCGAGAUUUUAACGUCGAACAGAAGUCAAAUAGGGUGGUAAGCGGACCAUUUUGGAUGCUGUGGAGUCGAGCUAUGGAAAGUGCCCGAGCAGGUGAACUCGAUGUAGCUUAUGCAGAUAUUAUUGGGAGCAACGAUGAGCUCUUGCUGGUACGAUUGAUGGGUCGCACUGGCCCUGUCAUGGAACAACUGAGUGAUUCUACCGUAACACAUCUCAUAUGCAGCAUCAAACAGUUCCUUCAGCAGCAGAGCUUCUUGGAUUGCAUAAUUCCCUGGAUUCAGCAGGUGUUAGACCUAGUCUCAAGUAAUGGCCCCGAUGCACUUGGACUUUCGGGAGAUACGAAGAAGGACCUUGUUUUUGCUCUGCAAGAGGCCACCACUAAGGAAUACGCAGAGAGCUGGAUGGCUUCCAAAAUUGCAGAACUUGCAGAGCAGAUGGGUAGUAUCUGGUCAUCUAGUGGUAAUAGCGUCACGGGGGAUAGUUGAUACACAUUACAACUCUCCGUCUAGGUAGUCUGGCUCUUUGGUUCAGACUCGUAAGCAUUUCAAAGCUCAACCCUCUCUAAUGGCCCAAAUGGGGUGUCUAUGUUUUGAUGAUGUGUCACAACGGUGACCGUAUGUUAAAUUUAGAUCGAGGGGCAGAAUUGUUUUUUCUCAAUUCUUUCACGAUCAGUCCACAUAUUAGUUUUGUAAAAGCUUAACGAUGGCCAGUAGCUGUGUUACCUUCGUGAUGUCAGUACUUUGUACUUAAAAAAAGGGAAGUGUCACAAGGACGGUAUAAUAACCUUAACUCGCACAAUGUGUACAUGAUACUCAUCUUCAGAGCAUAUUGGAUGUAUUGCUUCUACGACUAAUACAAGGUUGGGAACAGGUGGUUUCAUCUAA